GCGCCUCCCGCCUCCGGGGGAUGACGCUUCCGAGCGCGCACUUCCGGCCGGGGAGCCUGUCAUGUGACCGAGCAAGAUGGCGGCCCGUGCCGAUGCCGGCCGCUUCCGGGUUCUCUCCUCCGAGGAGGCGGAGGGGGCUGCCGGGGAGAAGGAGGCCGCGGGCCAGGCGGGGGACCUGCGCAGCGUCCUGGUCACCAGCGUCCUCAACCUGGAGCCCCUGGACCUCGACCUCUUCCGGGGGAGGCACUACUGGGUGCCUGUCACGCAGCGGCUCUUCGGCGGGCAGAUCGUGGGCCAAGCGCUGGUGGCGGCUGCCAAGGCAGUGGGCGAGAAGCUGCAUGUCCAUUCCCUCCACUGCUACUUCGUCCGAGCAGGGGACCCAUCGGUGCCGGUCCUCUAUCAGGUUGAGCGCACCCGCACCGGCUGCAGCUUCUCUGUGCGCUCUGUCAAGGCCAUCCAGCACGGGAAGCCCAUCUUCAUCUGCCAGGCCUCCUUCCAAGAGCUUCAGGCCAGCCCUGUGCAGCACCAGUUCCACAUGCCUGAGGUCCCCCUCCCAGAGGAGCUGCAGACCCAGGAGGAGCUCAUCCAGCAGUACUUGCAGGACCCAAACCUCAUGGAGAAGUACAGACGGGGGCUGAACAAGAUGCUGGCCCAAGAAAUCCCCAUUGAGAUGAAGCCGGUCAACCCGCCUGACUUGCUCCACAAGAACCCUCAGGAACCCAAACAGCUUUUUUGGGUCCGGGCCAGAGGCCACAUUGGCGACUGUGACAUGAAGCUGCAUUGCUGCGUGGCCGCCUACAUCUCCGACUACGCGUUCCUGGGCACAGCCUUGCUACCUCACUACCACCGCCACCGUGUCCGGUUCAUGGUCUCGCUGGAUCACUCCAUGUGGUUCCACGCCCCCUUCCGAGCUGACCACUGGAUGCUGUACGAAUGCGAGAGCCCCUGGGCCGGUGGCUCUCGAGGGCUGGUGCAUGGACGGCUGUGGCGCAGGGAUGGCGUUCUGGCAGUCAGCUGUGCUCAGGAAGGAGUCAUCCGAGUACAGGAGCCUCCCCCGGAAAGCAAACUCUAGCCAAUGCCUCCUCCCCCUUGCCCCGCCCCAGCUUCUGCCGGGCCCUCCUGGACUUAACGGAUCAGCUCCAGAGGCCGCUGGUGGCGGUGCAGGGAGGGGGAGGGGACACAACAGGGCAAGUUCAAAGAAAUUCACACCCCAGUUCGGUAGCACUUAUUUUAUUGGGCUUGUAAAUUGCAGUGUUCCUAUGGCUAAUAAAGUGACUGAGGCUUCC